GAACCCGCCAUGGCGGCGCUUGCCGAUUACCAGUCCACGCUAAUCCAGCACGCAAUGGAGAUCGGCGCGCUCAAAUUCGGCGCCUUCACGCUCAAAUCCGGUCGAAUUUCGCCCUACUUCUUCAACGCCAGCGUGCUCAGCUCCGGGCCCAUCCUUGCUGUUCUUUCGUCCGCUUACGCGGGCACGAUCGUCGACGCGCUAAACUCAGCCGAGUCUCCGCUUCCGACCUUCGAUAUUUUAUUUGGGCCAGCCUACAAAGGCAUUCCCUUCGCUGCUACCACUGCGCUCGUGCUCCACACCCAACACAACCUUGGGGUCGGGCUUGCAUAUGACCGUAAGGAGGCAAAGGACCACGGUGAAGGCGGGAUGAUGGUUGGCGUCCCCGUUGCGGGCAAAAAGGUGGUUAUCCUCGACGACGUGAUGACCUCUGGAAAAGCUUGUCGCGGGGCCAUCGACAUAGUCGUCAAACACGGAGGCGAGGUGAUUGGCGUAGUUCAAUGUCUUGACCGCGAAGAAGUCGGUCAGGAUGGCGUCAGCAGCACUGUCGCCGAAAUUGAGGGCUUGGUGGGCAAGGGUCGCGUCAAAUCGAUACUCAAGAUGCGCGAUCUGAUUGCGUGGCUGGAGACAAGUGGGAUGACAGGAGAGUUGGAAGCGAUGAAAAGCUAUUGGGACCAGUAUGGUUUGAAAUGA